AUGAAGACGAUAACACCAGCUCCCGUGCCUAAAACUUAUAUCCGCAUGCCAAGAAGGGGUUUUCCACCAAAUCCUAUGCCUGAGAAUUAUGUGCGGUUGGAUCAGAUCACUGACGAACUAUAUGAUAUGUUCUGUAAAGAAGUCAUCGAUGAAGUUGAGCAAGAAUGUAGCGCUCAGGAACGAAAACUUCUAGAUAAUAUGAGUUCCUCGGGAGACUUUGGGGCGGCUGUGGACUUCUAUGAUGAGAUAUUGGGAGAGCUGCCGGUGGUAAUGGUGCAUAUGCGAACGUCUAAGGUGUUCUUGUCACCAUCAUUGAGGGAGAAAUGCAUUGAGAAAGUGAUAGCAGUCAAGAAGUCCGAGCCGAGUCCAAUUUGUGCUGCGUUGGCCCAUAUUCAACAACUGUUCGUAGGAUUUCCGCCGGAAAUCCGGUUGCGUCACAUGUUGGUAGCUGAAUUGGAGAGACAAGAGCCUGGUACCCUGUCCGAAGACGACAAGCGGAUAAUGGCGCUUCCUCCCUCGGCACGCUUCACUGCUAGACCCAAAUGUAAUUCUCGAGAGUUAGUUGUACCUGUUUGGAUUGCAUCAUCAUCCAUUGAGAUUUGGUGGCUUGGGAUUGCUUCUCCGCCGUUGCAAUACGCAACAGACUACCAGCUCGAUCCCGCGAAGAACAUCAAGCAGGUAUAGAA